AUGUGUAUAAAGUAUUAUAUUAAUAAAUUUAUUUAUAAUAAAUUAUAUAUAAUUAAGAGAUUAAGCUUAUAUAAGAUAAAAGAGCUAAAAAUAAAAUACUUAAAAAAGUUUAUAGAAUUUCUUAUUAUUAGGCAUUUAAAAAAGCACUUUAUUAUAACUUUUAGAAGUAUAGCUUUUAAAGGUCUAGCUAUUUUUAACCUUACUUUAAAAAAUAAACUUAUAAAAGGUCCUUAUAAAAGCCUAGGGGCUUAUCUAUUACUAGCUAGAAACUAUUUAAUUUCUACUAUAAGGUUAGGGUUAAAUAGACUUAUUCUUAAGACCUUUAAGGGUAGGCUAAAGGGCUUAAUAAGGUCUUUUAUUAUAGCUGAAAGUGUAUUAAGAUUAAAAGAUUAA